UCGCUCAUACAAGCACAGCACAACACAGACCUUUCGUGUGUCUAUUGAGACCCCGUUCCAACAAAAAACAAUCCAAAAUGUUCCGAUUGGUGGUGUUGUCCGCUGUUCUCGCCGUUGCCGCUGCCGCCCCGGGAGCCACGCUGGUCCACUCGGCCCCGCUGGCGUACUCCGUUGCUGCCCCGGCCGUCCUGGCCCACAAGGAGAUCUCGUACGAGAAGAGCAUCGUCGAGGAGCCGACGUUGGCCCACGUUGGCACGGUCGAGAAGUCCAUCCCGACCGGGUACUCGCACCAGAGCUUCACCCAGUACCACAACAAGCAGGUCGCUGAGCCCGUCUUUGCCCAGGCCGUGAAGAAGACCGUCGUUUCGACCCCGGUCGAGAAGACAACCUACGUCCAGGCCGCCGCUCCGGUCGUCCACACCCCGACCGUGUACGCUGCCCAUGCCCCGGCCCACUACGCUUAUGCUGCCCCGGCUCACUACGCUUAUGCUGCUCCGGCCAAGACCUACGUCCAUGCUGCUGCUCCGGCUCACAUCAGUUACGAGGCUGCGGCUCCGGUUUCGUACGUUGCCGCCGCUCCGCUGGCCAAGGCGGCCUACGUCAGCAGCUAUCCGUCGGUCUAUGGUGCUCCGGCCGUGUACGCCAAUGAGUGGCACUGAAGAACCUGACUGUCUCCAGGAACUGUCCCCUUUCGAUCGAAUUUCAUACGGCGGCGAGCGAGCGAAACGCAUUAUUUUUCUCUUGUUCAACGUUUUCGGAUUGUUUCAUUGGAAGAUGAGGAAAAUAAAUUAAAUUGUAUGUAAAACCAU